AUGGCAUUCUAUCACAGCCUGGUGGCACUAGUUCGUACUUUCAGGGACGCAGCUUCCAUAGAGACGUCGUCAUCAGUAGGGUUGCUGGUAGUCAAAGACGAACCGGAGGAGGCCGUGUGGUUAUCGAAAAGCAAGGGCAAGGAUGAAGCAGUACCAGAUGCACUUGGUGCAUUCAUGACAAAGAAUCCAUACAUAUUUAAAGAAAAUCUUGACGAUUUGUCAACAAGACUAAAUUAUCUGCAGUAUAAAAAAUUUACUGCUGAUGGCAUAGCCAGAAUAGUAACUACAAAUCCAUAUUGGCUUAUGUUUAGCACCAAAAGAAUUGAUCGUCGACUUGGCCACUUCCAGAAGACGUAUAAUUUGAGUGGAUCAGAACUACGCAUGCUUGCUCAGAAACAGCCAAAAUUAAUCACGUACAACUUGCACAAAGUGAAGGAGAGUACAUUUGCGAUUAAGGAAGAAAUGGGGUUCAGUGAUGAGGAAUUAAAGAAAAUGUUGCUUUAAACACCCAGGCUCUGGAUUAUAAGUCAAAAAUCUUUACUUUCAAGAUUCCAUUUUGUACAUAACGUCAUGAAGGUUCCGCAUGAACAGAUUGCUGCCUCUUCAAAAAUACUGACAUGUCGUGAAUUUAGAGAACGGCAGAGGCACCUAUUUUUAGCGGCUCUAAAUCGGGCUCAGUACAACCCUAAAAAAGAAAGUUAUGUUUCUUUGGAGAAACUGGUCUCAGGCACUGAUACUGAAUUCUGUGAUACUGUAGCAAAGGCAUCUAUACAAACAUAUAAUGAAUUUUUGAAAACAUUGUGUUAG